AUGGCUCAGAAACCCUCACACAAGCAUUCCAAAAGCGUCAUGGCUGCUACCGCUCAGGACCACCUCGAGUUCGGAGGCAAGAUCUCAUGGCUUGCCUCCCUCGACACCGCUUUCCGACCUCAGCGCAACUACCGCCGCUCCUCCAUCAUCUGCACCAUUGGCCCCAAGACCAACUCUGUUGAGGCCAUCAACAAGCUCCGAGAUUCCGGUCUUAACGUUGUCCGCAUGAACUUCUCCCACGGAUCAUACGAGUACCACAAGUCUGUCAUUGACAACGCUCGUGAGUCCGAGGCUACCCACGCUGGUCGCAAUGUUGCCAUUGCUCUUGAUACCAAGGGCCCCGAGAUCCGAACGGGUAACACUCCCAACGAUGAGGAUAUUCCCAUCAGUGCUGGCCACGAGAUGAACAUCACCACCGACGAUUCUUAUGCCACCGCCUGUGACGACAAGAACAUGUACGUCGACUACAAGAACAUUACCAGUGUCAUCGAGCCCGGCCGUGUCAUCUACGUCGACGACGGUGUUCUCGCUUUCGACGUCCUCGAGAUCAAGGACGAGAAGACCAUCCGAGUCAAGGCCCGCAACAACGGUGCUAUCUGCUCCAAGAAGGGUGUUAACCUGCCCAACACUGAUGUCGAUCUUCCCGCUCUUUCCGAGAAGGACAAGGCCGAUCUCAGGUUCGGUGUUGAGAACAAUGUCGACAUGGUUUUCGCCUCUUUCAUCCGCCGUGCUCAAGAUAUCUACGACAUCCGUGAGGUCCUCGGCGAGAAGGGCAAGCACAUUCAGAUCAUCUCCAAGAUUGAGAACCGACAGGGUCUCAACAACUUCAAGGAGAUUCUCGAGGCUACCGAUGGUGUCAUGGUUGCCCGUGGUGAUCUCGGUAUCGAAAUUCCCGCUGCUGAGGUGUUUGCUGCCCAGAAGAAGCUCAUUGCCAUGUGCAACCUCGCUGGCAAGCCCGUCAUCUGCGCUACUCAGAUGCUCGAGUCCAUGAUCAAGAACCCCCGCCCCACCCGUGCUGAGAUCAGCGACGUCGGUAACGCCAUCACUGAUGGUGCCGACUGUGUCAUGCUUUCUGGUGAGACAGCCAAGGGUAGCUACCCCUCCGAGGCUGUCAAGGAGAUGCACGAGACUUGCCUCAAGGCUGAGAACACCAUCCCCUACGUCUCUCACUUCGAGGAGAUGUGCACUCUCGUCAAGCGACCCGUCUCCACUGUCGAGUCUUGCGCUAUGGCUGCAGUCCGCGCUUCCCUCGAUCUCGGUGCUGGCGGUAUCAUUGUCCUCUCCACCUCCGGAGAGUCGGCCCGCAUGCUUUCCAAGUAUCGACCCGUGUGCCCCAUCUUCAUGGUCACUCGAAGCCCCACAACAUCUCGAUUCGCCCAUCUGUACCGCGGCGUGUACCCCUUCCUGUUCCCCGAGACCAAGCCCGACUUCACCCAGGUUAACUGGCAGGAGGAUGUCGAUCGCCGAAUCAAGUGGGCCGUCAACAACGCUCUUCAACUCAACGUCCUCACCCCCGGUGACACCGUUGUCGUUGUCCAGGGCUGGAAGGGCGGCAUGGGUAACACCAACACCCUCCGAAUCGUCAAGGCUGACCCCGAGCACCUCGGCAUUGGCCAGCUUCAGUAA